CUGGAUGUGAAUCAAAGUUACCUAUGACGAGUACUAAUCGAGAAUUUGAUUCAACGCUGCUGGAAGUGACAUUAGCGGAAAACUAAAACCUGAGAAUUUCCGAUUAAAAAUGAAUCGCCCAGUGAAUACUGUUGUCAUGAAACCGAACAUCCACUCACCAACAUCCGAAGCGGUUGCUCCACAAAAUGAUCAUCCAGAAGCUGUCCAUUCCAGCAGAAAUUACAACAUGGAAGCGUAUCUGUCCGAUGUGCUCUCGACAAGAUAUGAUCAAACGACACACUUGUUGUUUCAAGGGCCAGAAGGGUACAAUACCAAUCAACACAGACAGCUGGCUAAAGCAGAUAGUUUGACUUUGCAAGAUAUGGCCGAAUGCAAAUCAGAUUUUCCAGAGAAGGACUACUCAGAUGAAAACGAUAAAAAGGCGGACGCGAAGCGUGUAUCCCAGCAGAACCUCAAUGGACGAGAUCUAACCUCACACUCGGGGAACAAAAUCGCAACGGAAUCACUAGUGCGGAUUAAGCUGAAUAUCAUCGAACAAAUUGACCUAGCCAUUGCGCAAUUCGAGUCGAAACAAGUCGACCGACCUCCAAUUGGUGGAGCUGGUGGUGAUAGGUGUACGAAAAUGGUUCAAUUUCCGGAUGUGAUGAUCUCGAAAACGGAUUCAUUUACACAAACCAAAAGCAACAUCAGAUUGAAAUUAUUGAGUGAAAUUGAAACGAUUUUGAAGCGAUUGAAAGAUAUUGAGCUGCUGGAGUGAUGCGAAGCUAAUGAAGGAAUGUUUGGCGAUUUUACAAGUUAGAGCUGUGGCAUCAUAUGAUAUCCAGAAGUAGUUUUCGUGGGACUAUUCAAACACGGUCUACUAUUGAAGUGCUGCGUUCGAUAUAUAUAUUUCUCUAUAUUGUUCAUUUUUAUCGUUUCGCUGCUAUUGUUUUUAUUUGUGAAAUUUGUUUUAAUAAA